CCCCGCUCCUGCAGCUCGCCAGUACCACUCCUAUUGGCUUUGAAGACGACGCACGCUCUGUUGUCUCCUUCGUGUUCCCCCUCCUUUUCCAAGGACUUGGGCGGCGUACGCUCGAACGACGUCGCUCGCAGCACCCGACUCAGAACGUUAGCAGCGAUGGAAGGUGACGCAGACCGGACCGUUGCGAAGGACUCGUCGUGGCUCUUCACUGACCUGUGUGGUCGCUCCUGCCUCGAGGAGGUGGAGGAGCCCCUGCGCGGUCGGGUGACGGGCGUCUUCCCCUCCUGGCUCCGCGGCCGCCUUCUGCGCAACGGGCCGGGUCUCAACUUCGUCGGUCCGGACCGCUACCAGCACGCCUUCGACGGCCUGUCGCUGCUCCGGCAGUUCAGCGUGGACAGCGGGGAGGUCAGCUACCGGAACCGGUUCCUGCGCAGUCAGGCCUACGUGCGCAACCGGAAAGCCAACCGCAUCGUGGUGGCCGAGUUCGGAACGGCCGCUCAUCCGGACCCCUGCGCCGGCGUCUUUGAGAGGCUGGCCUCCGUGUUCACACCCACCAUGACCGACAACGCGGUGGUGAGCGUGAUGCCGAUUGGAGACGAGUUCUACGCCAUGACGGAGACCCCCUACGUACACCGAGUCGACCCUGCAACUCUGGGGACGCUGAGCCGCGAAGACCUGAGAAAACUGGUAGCCGUCCACACGAUUACGGCCCAUCCCCACGUCGAUCCUGAGGACGGCUCCACCUUCAACGUCGGGACGCAGAUGGGGUCGCGUCCGGCCUUCGUUCUGAUUCGGUUCCCGCCUUCUGUCGAGUGCCCAGACGGCUCCACGUCGUUGCGCGAGGGAAAGGUGGUGGGCAGGAUCCCGAUGCAGUCCCGCUUCUUCCCGAGUUACAUCCACAGCUUCGCCAUGACCGAGAACUGGUUAGUCGUCCUGGAGCAGUCCCUCGUCCUCAGCGUUCCCAAGCUCCUCCUAGCGACGGUGGUCGGUUCGAGCUACGGGGACACCCUGUCGUUCGAUCCCAGCAAGAAGACCAGAUUCCACGUGAUGGACAAGAGGACCGGCGAAUUGUUCCCGGUCGUCUUCGAAGCGGCUUCCUUCUUCACGUUUCACCACGUGAAUGCCUACGAGCGGGACCGGGAGAUUGUCGUGGACCUCUGCGCGUUCCACGACGACGCGGUGAUCCGAAACUUGCGUUUUGCCCAUUCCAGGCCUAAGAAGAACGACGAGUUAGCCAGCGUCCAUCAUUUUGUGCUGCCGCUGGACCCGACUAUGAAGUCUCCGGCGCUUGUGCAAUCGCGCGUCUUGUCCUUGGAACUCGAUGGACUCGCGCUCCGCGCCGACCUGCCCAGGAUCAACGACCGCUUCAACGGGAAGCCUUAUCGGUUCGCGUACUUCAUCGGUCAUCCGGACGGACUCCCGGAAGAGUGGUUCGUGACCAAGUUGAACGUGGAGUCUGGGCGCUGGGUACAGUGGAAGAGGCCCGGCUUUUUGCCUUCGGAGCCCGUGUUCGUCCCGCGGCCUGGCGCGACCGACGAGGACGACGGCGUCGUCGUCUUUUCGCUGCUGGACGCCAAGGACGAAAAAAAGCUGUCGUUCGUGGCCUUGGACGCCCGGAACUUCGAGGAAAUUGCCAGAGCCGAGUUCGAGACGCCCUCGGCGAACCCAGCCGAUUUUCAUGGCUGGUUCGUCUCGGAAUGAUGUGACGGCGGUAUAUGCUGAUUCUUCCUCUGAAGGCAAACUGCCUGGGUGGGAUCAGAAAAGAAUCCACGGAGCGUACGCCUUUCAGUAUAUGCGAAGUACAUCGGGUUCGAAUGAAAUGCGAACAGUGAAUCCUGUGACCGUCGACAGAUGCUGCGCCUCCUGGAGUCAUCUGAAAGCUGAUUAAACUGCGGGGAGGAGAGUAAAGCGCUGCGAAAGUGUGCGUCCUAUACUCCGAUAUGUUUGAACCUCGGCCAGCACAGCCGAAGCUUCCACGCUGCGCCCGUGUUGCGCUGCAAGUUCCGUCAUUCUUCGCAUUUCAUUCGAACCCGAUAGUGUACGUACGUGUCUGCACCUUCUGAUCUAAACGGCUUCGACGGCGCGGGUUACCGCAGUUCAGGACUCGCAUUCGAUGCAUAGAAAAAUAUAAUUUAUUUUUCUCCAGGUAUUUCCGCUCUCUCCCCUAUCCACGUGCAAGAGGAGAGUUAGGUGAUUAGAGGCAAGGGGUUAAUAGGUCCGGCGGGCGUGUUACACUCCCACCGCACUGUCAGCUUGGGGGUGAACGCAGUAUCUAAAGCAUUAGCGUCAAGUGGGACUGGAAACGCGAGUCUGGCUCUCGUGCUGGUAGGGGAACCAGAAAGUGGACAGCAUAUGUCGAAAUCAACUUAGUCGGAACAUACUCGCGGGUUUGCUGAUUUAUGACCUAAAUCAACUGCAGCAAACUGAAAAUGCGAAAAAGCAAAUGAUAAUGGUUGCAUAUGGAUCUUUAGUUGCUAGAUAGCGAGAAGUUUGUCUACUUUGAAAUUGCUUCUGGGUGUUUCCGCCAUAGAAGGGAGCUGUGGCCGGUCCAGUGUGACGCUGACCUGGGUUACGUAGCGUGCAUCGCGUUGUUGUCAUUACGCGACGGCUUGUCGCUACGACGCCCAUCAAAGUAUGGAAAUCUGAUGUUCUUCUAUGGAGACUCCCUUCGUUUGAAUUAAUCGUAGUCUGGUAAAAAUCUGUCUUUAUUAUAUUACCUACGCAAUAUUUCGUUUUUUACCUUCUUUGGUUUUCAGAAACGGGCGUUACGUAUUGAAGGCGUGGUGUUCGGUUUAGUAAUUAAAGGGAUUGUCCGGUCGAAACCGGAAGUACUUAAGUUCUUGCGCUCGUUCCGUCGAGGGAGCCUUCAUAUAGACAAACGUCAUUUUUAUUUUGAUAUAUGAUCUCCCGUUAUUAAUUAAACCUUUCAUGAUCCUACGUACGAAACUGCACCCAGAAUUUCGCGAGUGUCAAUGGCUGACAUCCGUAGGUGCUGCGUGACGUCACAAAACGCAAAGGUUUGUCGGAUGUUUGGGAUAACAAGCGUUGGUCGAUGGAUGUCUUGUAUUUUGUUUCGAAUUAUAUAGUCUCCUAGGCAGUACCCUACUGAAAUACGGUUCUUUUAAUGCAGUUCCCAAGCACGUGCAGAAAAAGGCACGCCUUUUAGCAGGAUAUUACUCGCAGACAGCCAUAAGCUUCGAGGAAACGUAUGCCGUUUCGCGCAAACGUAACUGCGACGGACGCCGAUCCAACUAGGGGCGCUUGCAAAGCAAAGGAUGCAGUUUUCGCCUCUGAAGCGGCACUUAGGUACACGAAGCGGCAUCUGGGUACACAUUUCGGCGGAUCCACUGGAUCGGUGAUGAGGCUGAGGGUCAUUCCCUCAGAGGCGACGUCCGCGGGUCGAAGGCAAACGGCGAACCGUUCAAAUGCAUGUCGUCACUUGACUUGGACGAGUUUGGUGAAUCAUAGCUACGCUCCAUUUUCACACGCGGGUCAAACAGAUAUCGGGCUGCACGCGUGCUGAAUACAACUUCUGGUAUCAUUUUGAGAUGGCCAAACUGUUGGUUUCGGUUUCGCUGCAUAAUCAAGGUCUGUUCGAUUCGGCCAGGAAGUUCUGAACUAUAGUCGGUUAGAAGUCAAGAAGGUAGCGGCAAAUGCCCCUCAAGGGGAAUCUUUGCAUUUCGACGAUAGGUUCGCAGCAUCAGGAUCAUUUUGCGUCGGGGGAGUCACUGGCGGCAGCGCGCGGUCGGUAUGCCGGUCACCUCGAAGACGAAGGCCUGACGAUAGCGUCUUGGCCAAGACAAUUAUCGACCGUAACUUUGGCGUGAAACUAAAACGAGAAUCGGCAAAAAAAAAAAAAAAAAAA